ACUGAGGGCCACAGCCAUAGCCUUAACAGAGCCAAUGUUAACGGAGCUAUGUGACGUCAUCAGCAAGCGUCGCUGUCCCACAUGGCAACCUGCUAAAGUUUUGACGGCACUCGCAAAGGGUCACUAUGGCCAGGCAGUGGUCUGAGGGCCACUCCACUUCCAUCCUGUGUGUUGGGGCAUCUUCAGGCCCGGAGGGUCUCCUCGCUUCAGGCUCUGAGGGUGGAGGUGUCACAGUGUGGAGUCAGGAGGGAGCCAUCGUCGGCCAUCUCACUCUCCCUGGUGAGGAAGACAGCACAAGCGUUGUGUUCUCACCUGCAGCACCGAGCCAGCUGUAUGUGUCGCACGGAGACGCGGUGAGCGUGCUCGACCCCAGGAACUUGAAGAGCCCCGUGGAGGAGUUUCAGGGCGCGGGGGAGGAGGAGAUCAACGCUUUGGCGCUGAAUGAGACGGGUUCAGCCCUGGCGGUGGCUGAUGACUCUGGGGCUGUGCGGGUACUGGAGCUUCCUGGGGGGAAAGUGUGCAGGACUCUGCGGAGACACACCAACAUCUGCUCCUCUGUGGCUUUCCGGCCUCACAGACCCAACAACCUGGUGUCUGCUGGACUGGACAUGCAGGUGAUGCUGUGGGGUUUACAGAAGACCCGACCCCUGUGGACUCUCAAUCUCCAGGAUGUGACGGAGGAAGAAGACCGCCAUCAGCAGCGCCCCGGUCAGCUUUUCAACCCGCCACUGGCCCACUGUGUUUCUGUGGCGAGUUGUGGAAACAUUUUGGGCUGUGCAGCAGAGGACGGGCGGGUCCACCUCAUGAGGAUCGGCAGCGGCUCUAAACUGGAGCAGCAGGGAGCAGUCAAAGCCCACAGUCAGGGAGCCUCACAGGCCCACUUUGUCAGUUUCUUGUCUCACCCGUACUGGCUCGUCUCUGGAGGAAACGACAGCCAAGUCGCUCUAUGGGACCUCAGUAAGCACCCUGUGGUGUCUCCAGAGGGAAAGGUUCGUGUGGCAGCAGCACAGCGCAGGAAGGGCAAGGGCAAGGGAAAGAGAAAAGAGCAAUCGCAGGAUCAAGUAAAGACGUCACCGAAGGCUGAGGCAGAGAAAGAAGAGGGUGAAGGGGCGGAAGAAGCAGCAGCAGCAGCAGGUGGGGUAGAGGAGGUGACGGAGGAGAAGCCUGGGCCCAAACUGAGCAUCAGCCACGGGGACAAGGUGAACUGGCUGUGCCCUGCUGUGCUGAAAGGAGAACCAAGUGUGAUAGUCGCAGAUCAGAGCUCCAGUCUGACUGUUUACCCUCUGGCUCAGGUGUAGAUUCACGCACACUACACCUCAUUUCACUUGGUCAAAGGAACACACUAUUUUGACUUAACAAAUUCGAAAUACUUAAGAGAAUACACUCCACUAUUUGUUGUUUGAAUUCGAAGUGUCAUUAUUUGUUUGUUUGGCUCUGCUUGUCGUCCCUUGUGCGCUCUUUAAAGCUUGACAUGCGGACAUCACAGCUUUUCUAGAAAGCAGCAGGAACGUCAGAAAAAUGUGAUUUGCAUGAGACUUCACACGGCAUUCGAACUAAACACUUGAUUGUUUUUGGGUCUCAUUUAAAGCAUUUCGGGUUUUGUGUGCGUGUGGUCCUAUAAAAACAUAACUUUCUGUCUCUCCACACUGGAUUCAUUGUAUUUUUGUAAAUGUUUCUCUGGACUAUAAAACAACCACAUGUGAAAAAAGGAAUUUGGA